AUGUCGCAAUAUGGCCAGGCUUACCAAGCCCAACCGUAUGACCACGCUGGCCAGCGCAACUCCCCGCAUCAGCCUGGCUAUGCACAGAUGCAAGGUCAAACUCAAUAUUAUCAGCAGCAGUCACAGCAGCAGCAGCAACCACAACAGCCUAUGCCACCAAUGGCGGGCGCCUAUCAGCAACCUUAUAAGGGCACCCUCGCUCCUGGCACCCGCGUCAAGGUCGGUAGCAUCACAGUCACUGUCAAGCGCUAUCUCUCGGAAGGUGGCUUUGCACAUGUUUACCUCGUCACCACCUCUCAGCCCAUCCCGAUGCCUUCGUCUGUGACAGGCGCCGUUAGCGCGUCCAUGGCUGGUAGUGCUACGGCCGAGCGUGGUGAAACAGUUCACGUUCUCAAAAGGAUGGCGGUGCCGGACAAGGCAGCCCUAGCCGACGUCAGAAGAGAAGUAGAGGUUCACAAACUGCUUCGCAACCAGGCCAACAUCGUCCACUUCAUCGAAGCCUCUGCUACUUCCUUACAGGGCGGCGGAUACGAAAUCUUCAUUCUCAUGGAAUACUGCGCUGGAGGUGGCAUCAUCAGCCUCAUGAAUGCUCGUCUGCGCGAUCGCUUGCGGGAAGAAGAAGUGCUCAAGAUCUUCGGCGACGUCUGCGCCGGCGUUGCUGUCAUGCAUCACCUCGAUCCGCCCCUAAUGCAUCGCGAUCUUAAGGUCGAAAACAUCCUCAUGGCUCCUUCCACCGAACCAGGCAUCAUUCCUGGCUCUCGCUCCACCUCAUCCAAUCUCAAAGCCACCUACAAGCUCUGCGACUUUGGCUCCGCUGCUCCAGUACUUUCACGUAAGCCAGCAAAGAGCAUGGACGAGGUCAAACGCGUCGAGGCCGAUCUCAAUAAACACACCACUUUACAGUACAGAGCUCCCGAGAUGGUCGACGUCUACCAGCGUCGCGUCAUUGACGAAAAGGCCGACAUCUGGGCUCUAGGUGUGCUGCUCUACAAGCUUUGCUACUACACGACUCCCUUUGAGGAGAAUGGUGGUGGCCCCUUGGCCAUCCUCAACGUUCAGUACCGCAUCCCAUCCCAACCUGUCUACUCUGACCGUCUCAAGAAGCUCAUUAACUCGAUGCUCAAAGAGCAGAGCACCGAUCGUCCCACCAUCGACCAGAUCAUCAUCGAUGUCCACCAGCUUCUCGGCACGCGUCCUCCACAGACUGCAUUGCAUUACGCUUCAGCGGCUGCUAACGGCAAGAUUGCUACACCCCUCCCUACUCUCGUCAGUGGCGCUGCGACAUCUCCCAUGUCCGGUGCUGCUUCCGUUCCUGCCAAACCCAGCCCUGCUGGAGGCAUCGACGCAAACCUCAUCUCCAUGGGCCCAUCAAAGAAGGAGCUCGAACAGGCCGAGGCACGACAACUAGAAUUGCAGGCGCAAAGCAUCACCCCCAUGCGUCGCGGCCGACCCACCAAGGCGCCGGCCGAACACAUCGACCCGCCCGCCAAGAAGCUCGACGAUGUUUUGAUCAAGAGCGCCUCCCCUACAUCAUCUGCGCAGGAAGCCUCAGCCACGAGCGCACCAUUGUGGAAAGUGCCAGACUCGAAGCCGUCGUCGGUCAAGACGGGUCUUUUGAUCGAGGGCUUUGGAGACUCAUUUGCCCCCGCAGCAUCCACCAGUUCUAGCUCCGAAAGCCCACCCGUGUUACCCAAGCGACCGACUCCUUCGUUUGUCUCGCCCGAAGCAAGCGGUGGCGCUGUCAAUGCUUCCGAACGUCCUAUAGACAAGAACCUGCUUCGUGCUUCUACGUCAGGCGCACCUUCGCCCGCAUUGACUCCGCUUAGACACAGCCCUGCUCUACCAGGAUUCAGCAUUGCUCCCAGCCGCACUGCUUCUCCCGUUUCUCCAGCCUCCAAAGAUGCACCUCGCCCUCCAUCCUCCCAAAAGAUCGGAACGCCGCGUGACGAGCUGACCGACCGAUUUCCAAGCCUGGAAGAUCUCGAUGCUAAGUACGCCAUUCCAGCUUCGAGCUCGCCAAGUUCCCCUGCCGCAGCAUCCGCAGCAUCCGUAGCAUCCGCACCUUCGAGCUUGGCUUCAGGCGCAGCGGCAGGCGACAAGGGUCACGUCAACGUACCUGGCCUAGCCAACCGUGCAAGUGUUGGCGCUAUGACGAGCAGGUUUGAGCGACCCUUCGAGCCACAAAAGCUUGGUUCGGUAAGAACACCGCUCAGCAAGUCUGCUACCGUCUCUGCCCUAUCGAGCAGCGAUAGAAGCUCAAAAGCUCGAUCUGGCAGCGUCUCGAAUCGUUGGCAACCUUCUGUCAUCGCACAUGAUCGUGUUAGCAAAGAGCAGCCCUCCCAGCUGUCAGGAGCGGUAUCGCUUAGGAAGGCGCCGGCGUCGAAAGACUGGCUUACUGGCGACAUGUCCGAUCAAGAAGACGACCCGAAUGCUGCCAGUCGUGCUGAUAAAAGAGAGGAGGCCAAGAUGUAUGCUACUAAGCCGCAGGAUCCAAGCAGCAAAGCUUCCGCAAUUCAGCGUGAUGCGGCGGCACAAGAAAUUGAGGUGGAGGAGGCUUCAUCGGAUGAAGACGAGCCGGCUCAACCAGAGGAAGCCGUAGCUCAACGACCUUCGCUGCCGCCGCGUCUCUCCGCCGACCGACUUUCGUCCUUCCUUGUUCGGCCCUCUGCGUCGCACACGCAGUCGGAUCAAGGCGAUAACGUUGUCAAUGGUGCAUCGAGCAAGCCGGAACGCCCACGUGUCGUACCGGGCCGGGUCAAGGCGCCUUCUUGGCUGGUAGAUGCCGUCGACUCGCCGACUGCUGCCGAACGUCUGAUUUCCUCCUCGUCGGUUUUGAGUCCAGGUGGCGUUGGCUCCGAGUCACUCAAGUCGCCAGUGCCCGACUCGCUCGCUUCGCCAAUCACGGAUGCUUCCGCUGCAGAACAGUUGGAUGAAGCGGCGAGACAGGCUCAGGAUCAACUCGAAGCGUUGCUGCGGGGUCCUGCGCAAGACACGCUUGCUUCGGAUGAUGCUACUGUGCCGACGAAGCAAGGGUCGGAACAAGAGCCAGCGGAGGAACCGAGUCCAACGUUGGCAUCGGUGGCGAAAGUCAAAGCGCCAGCUUGGGACGACGAGGACGAGGAGAAUGAGAGGGAGAUGACGGCUUUGCCUCAACCUGACCUUCGAGCAAGUGUGGUUGGCAAACCGAGCGGCAUCGUGGCGAUGAGCCAGCAUUUGGAUGAGCGGAAGAAGGUCGAGGUGGAAGCGCCGACCAAGUCAAGUUGUACCUAUCAGAUCGGCUCCAGGUGGAAGCCGUCCGUCCAGCAACAAGCGCGUUCGCAGCCCAAACAGACGCAGCUGGUGGAUGCAACGACCUGGUCCGCCGGAGCAUGCGAGAGCAGUGAGACAGUCAAAGACCUGUCCGACACUGUAUCGCUCGAUCGUCAGACCGGUCGGACUGAAGCCGAACCGGCCACGACGGCACGUAACGUGGCUGUGAGGCCGUCGGACAUUGUUGCGCAGCGACAGCAGCAGUACGGCGUUGGCUCGGGUGGGGCAGCGGAGGCGGUCGAGAUUCAGCCGAAGCGACCGACGCCGAUGCGGCCGCACAAGGGGGCGCAUCUGCGCGGUGGAUCGGGUGCGGUCGGAACGGGCGGGAUGAAGCCGUGGGAGCGCGAAGCAGCACAGUCAGCUGCGGCAGUGAAGGCGGGUAUUGUCAAGAGCUCUGCUUUGCCUGCUGCGUCUACCAUGCGUCUGCACAGUGCUGAUGAGCACGAGUCGACAGAUCCAAUCCGUCGUACAGACGCGCCUAUCGCCUCGCGCGACGAAGAACGCUUUAAAGGCGUAUCAUCCCUCAUUUCUCGUUGGCAGCACAACGUCGAAUCCAACGCUCCCGGUUGGGGCCACAUCGGCACCACCACCCCCAAAACUCUCCCACCCAUCCCCACUCGUCUCACCCACUUCCGCCUCAUCUACCACCUCGAACCGCAUCGCCUGAUCCCUGCCUCCACAACCUCCCAUCCGCAAGUCUAUCCUCGAAUGCUAAUAUCCAUCUGUUCACCCGUCUGA